CGCCUCUGGAAGAAAUUACAAAACGACGAGUUAGAUGGAAAUGUCGAUCGGUAAUCAUGUGAUACCGGAUCAUUUUACGUUUCGUGUGCCGUCGAAUGUUGGACGAAUUGAAAGCUUCGAGGGAGAUUUACGUUUUUUUCGAUUAUAAGUGAAAAACGAAAAUUACGUUGAGUUUGGUUCGAUCGUUCGCUUCGUUUGUUAGAAAUCGCAGUGAAAAUUGAAAUCGAGUCAAAAGUGUUCUUGGAAAAAUUCUAAAGAAGAAGAAAUCAUCUUAUCGUCUUAUCUUAAUGACAUGUUAAGAAGGGAAGCAUGGCUAAAGACUUUAAAAUUUGGCGAAUGAAAUAAUAGGAAGGUUUGGUGGAAUUUAUGAAACGUUAUUUCAAAAGUAAAUAAAAAGGUAAAUAGUCGUUGAAACUAUGGCUCUUUUAUCGAAUCACCACGAAUACCCAAUUUCUCCUGAAAUUGCAACGACCGUCUAUCAGUCCGCGACCAGAACUUACGAUACUUUGUAUCCUUCACCGUACAACUCUCCGAAUUACGAUCCCAUCAAGGUAUCGUACGGAGAGAAUUACGCGCAUAAAGGUGAGCUCACUCCGCGAAAAGACUCUGAGACGAUUAAUUAUGGGAAAGAGGUAGUCGUGAAAUAUUCCAGAACACCGGAUUCGUAUGAAAGAAGCUCCUUUAGCGUUUUGACACCUGUCACACCUCAAAGGUAUGAACCACAGCACGCGAUAAAUCAGACCAUUUCUCCAGGAACGAUGCUACACGAAGACAAUUCCAUGGAGUAUCAGCCAUCAGCCUAUUGUUACGAAACACCACCUCAAGAACAAAAGUUUCAAAUCCUCGAGAGCGGGAAACCGAUGCAAAUGGCUGUCGAACAACGAAGUAAUUCUUGGGAACCUGUCACAUCUGUACAGAAACAAGUAUCACCUACCAAUAGUCCCCGAAGAGGAAGACGACGGUCCAGGGAUAUACCGCCAUCGCCAAGCGUAUUAAAACGUCGACGUUUGGCAGCGAACGCACGUGAAAGACGUCGAAUGAACGGUCUGAAUGAUGCUUUCGAUAAAUUGCGCGAAGUUGUACCGAGUCUUGGAGCAGACCACAAACUUAGUAAAUUCGAGACAUUACAGAUGGCGCAAACUUACAUCGCGGCGUUGUGCGAUCUUCUUCAGGAACACGAUGGAAAGUGGCAGUGAAUCAACGUAAGUUUAUUUAUUUAGGUUAUACAUUGUGAAAUUAAAAAAUACAAUUGAAUUCUAGAUGAAAAAAUUAUGGUUUGUAGCCGAAUGAUGAAUAGAUAUAACAAAGAAAGAGAAAUAUAAGGACUGAUGAAAGGAAAAUUACAAUUAUUAUAAUAAAUAAUAUACUAUAAUAUAGAAAAUCUUUCGAAAAUUAGGUAUUUAAGUCUGUCAUUUAAUUUUUUACUUAAUAUGAAUCGUGUGUAAUAUUUUGUUGAUAAAAAUUAAUUUGCAUGUAAUUUGUACCAUUCAUUUAUAAAUUUAUAAUUAUAAAUUGUAUACGAUCAGACAGCUAAUAAUCCAAAGAAAUGUUCGAUAAGUUUAUGAACUUGCAUUAAAAACAAUUAGAUUGCCAUUAAAUAAAGGUUUUGAUAUUCGAUAUUAUUUUUAAUUUCGUAUCGGUGCCAUUAUUAUUAGUACAAUAUUUUAAAUAGUAUUUUUAUAUAAGUAUUAGAAACUUUAUAUAACUGUAUGAGCACAUAUAACGUAUUACGAAAUUAGAAUAGAAUUAAUUAUAUACAAAGAUGCUUUGUAAAGCAAUUUUCUAAUUGUAAUAAUACGUUUUGCUAUUUCGAAUUAUUUUAUAUUAUUUUAUAUUAAAUUAUCCGUUGGAAGUGUUAGUGAUUUAUGCAUGUAUUGUAUAUUUAUGUAUUUAUUGUGUAGCUAGUCAAAAAUAUUUUGAAAAACAAUUUCAAAAUUUGUAAAGCUAGUAAUUUUUCUAAACCGUCCAUUGAAUAGUAUAGAUAUUAUACGAAACCAAAGAAGACGAUUAUUAAACAAUGCCAUAAAGAUUCAAAGAUGUCGAAUAACAUCAAAUAACAAUUUAUAAAAUAAGUAAUUUUAUAAAUACGAGUAACAUUAUGUCAUUAUUAAAUAAAUUGAAUA